AUGGCAGACGACUUUGAGUUUAUCUUGCAUGAGCCCAAUAAGCGGCUUUCACGGGAAACCCACCGCAAGAUUAGGAGGCAUGCUAUGAAAGCAGCUGGGGCAUCGCGUCGCAUACGAAAUGACGUCCAAUCCAAAUCGCCUUCAAAGGGCCGCAAGUUGGUCCGGAAGAACGCGGUACUUGGCCCGCCGCCUCCUAUGCCUUUAUCAGGCCUAGAGCUUCUCGUCAAAGAUAUCGGUCUGGACCCUAUCAACUUUUCUUCACUUACAUCUGUGCAUUUGGGGCCAGUUGCUUCGACUCUGCUGCAUCGGGAUUCAGGUCAACUGCCUGGUAUUCUGGUAGACAGGCAGUGGUCAUAUUUCUCUUUUAUACCGCCACGCUUCGGGCACGUUGUGGCUCUGGACGAUGCAUUCCGGUGUCUCAUCGCUGCAGCGCAUUCGCUUCUUGUUCCUAACAAUAGUCGAGGUGACGAGGUUAUCCUUCAUAGUUAUGGAAAGGCUCUUCAAAGCCUGCAGCAGGCCAUCUACAAGCCCAGCAAUCGAUAUGCUGCCGAGAUCCUAUGUGCUAUGGGAAUAUUAUCCAUCGUUGAGAUCUUGAACUCGUCAAAAGGACAACUGUGGUUCCAUCAUAUUGCGGGAGCUGCCCAGCUCAUACGGUUUCGAGGUCCGGAGCAGUUUACCUCUGAUUUUGACAUUGCAUUAUUAUUAUCAUUAAGCUAUCCCAUUUGUGCGGAGGCUCUUCUCAAUGACCAAGAAUGUUUUCUUGACGACCCCAUAUGGGCCCAAGCUAUUCAAAACGCCACCUCUGAACGAGAAACCUUUAUGGACCGGUCUCCCCUUGGCAUCAGACUGUUGAUACUCUUGACCAAGCUCCCUGGCCUUGUCAAGAAAAUAUGCCACGUGGUGGCCGUCCAAAACACUCUAAGAGCCGAGAAUUUUGACUCUGUGGCAGCAGGCUUGCGAGAAUUACGGUCAGAUAUUGCUGUGUGGCGCCGAGAAUUUAACAUGGCGUUGAUUCAUGCCAACAAUAAAGCCAAUCCUGACAAACGCUACGAAUUUCUUGGUACUUGUCUUGUCAUUCAGAUUUUUGCGAGCCGAAUAUUGGGCUCUAUUUUACCGAAUGAACGAGGCCUACUUGAAGAAGAAGCUCAAUGCUUUGCCAUUGAGCUCAAACACCUUCAAGGAUCAGUGGAGCCUCGCACGCGCGAAAAGUUUCUCUUGACACAAAAAGCGAGAAUAGCCAAUGCCGCUAUUGACACGCGUGAUGAUUUUGCUGCCGCACUCUUUUAA